AUGGUUGUUAAAGUACCAGUUAAAAGUUCUGACGGAGAGACAUUUGAGUUGGAAUAUGAUGUUAUCAAACAAUCUGGAACACUUCAUACAAUGUUAACCGAUCUCGGAGUUGACUUUUCUUCUGAUGAGGAAUUGUCUAUUGAUCCUAUUGAGCUUCAAAAUCUCAAUGGAAAUAUAAUCAAACGUAUCAUUCAAUGGUGCAACUUCCACAAAGAAGAUCCACCAAGUCACGAUGACGGUGAUCAACAUGAAAAACGUACUGAUGACAUCCCAUCUUGGGAUAUUGAGUUUCUCAAAGUUGACCAAGGAACUUUAUUCGAACUCAUUCUGGCUGCCAAUUACUUGGACAUCAAGGGGUUGUUAGAUGUAACUUGCAAGACUGUUGCUAAUAUGAUUAAAGGAAAAAGUCCUGAUGAGAUCAGAAGAACUUUUAAUAUUCGUAAUGAUUUUACUGCAGAAGAGGAAGAACAGAUUAAAAAAGAAAACGCAUGUUUUGGCGUGGAGGAAGCCAAAAUUGACUCCUAUCCCUCCAAUUCAUUUACCCUCCUACAUUCAACCUCAUUUAAGUUAGAUCCUAUGAUUGAAGAUAUGGUAUUUGAAAAUGGUGAAAAUUGUAAUAUAAAGAGUGAAGAUUUAAAAGAAGAAUGUGUAAAAGAGGAAUUACUAGAUGACAGUAGUGAUAAUAAUGAAAAUAGAGAAAAAAGUAAUUCUCCUAGAAAACUUUCUAGACCGGAAUUAGAAACGUUAGGAUUUCAAUUAAUUAGAAAAGUGAAAAGUGAACCAUGUUUAUAUGAUUCUAAUAAUCCUUAUUAUGGUAAUAAACCAGCAUGUACUGCUUAUAGGUUAGAAAUAUGGAAAAGAUUUGCCGUUGAAUUAAAUUUUCCUGGCGGAGGUCCUGGUUUACAGAUUCAAUGGAAAAGGUUACGUGAUCGAUAUGUCAAAUUAAGGAAAAAGAGGAAGCUUAAAAAAAAUUGUUAUCCGCAGGAGAAUAAUACUAUUGGUAGCAUAUCAUCUGCAAAACUUUUUGAAGAAAUGAAAUGGAUUGAUCCAUAUCUUGUUGAUUCUGAUUCAAAUUCUACAAGGCAGGUACCUGCAAAAAGAAGAAAUCAGCCUUCUAAAUCGCUACGCGAAAUAAGAACUGUUGAUAAGAAUGGUAAUCCUGUUUUUGUAAAGAAUGGGCAGGCAUCAAGAAUAACUGCUAAAACUCUCAAAGAUCUCACAGCUCAUCACUUUGCUAGUAAUGUGAUAACUGACAAUCCUUCUCUUAUGGAUUCUAUUUCUUCAAAACUUACCUCUAUUAAACAUGAGGAAUCAGAACCUUCUUCAUCAUUUCUUUUAGAAACUGAUAAAAAUAACGUUCUUGUUACUGAGACUGAUAAUUAUGAUUUAUUUUCAACAAAAUCUUCUGCUCUGUUAACACCUGAUCCACAUAAUAGUACAAAAAAACGUAAAGUUGAUACAUACCUUGAGGAACCUGAUCACUCAGAUUCUAUAUCCCAACCAGAUUUUUCAUUAAACGAUUCUCAUUUUCAAAAUCAAUCAUCAUCAAGACCUGAGCCUGGUGAUAUUGAUGCUACUUCACAUAUAUCUCAGUCCUAUCUCUCAUCAAAUCCCAAUGACAUAUCAAAUUUUGAUUUGGAUACAAUAAAUAUAGACACAAGAAAAUCUAGACCAACAACAGCUUUUGUCUUACCCGGUACCUUCCUUGACGGUGAAGUUAUUUCUCAAGAAGAUGCGAUGUUUACAGGUGAAAUAGUUGGAUACCUAGGAUCCGCUAGUGACAUUGAGAAAGCUCGAUUUAAGUUAAAUGUUCAAAAGAUCCUGUAUAAUGUUAGAAUUUCAAAAUUAUCAACUUACACAAAUGAUGAAGUCGUCGAUAUUCGUACCCAUGCUUCAUCAUCACCACAUGCUUUUAGACCACCCCCUCGCAGAAGAACGGGCACUUAUCCGUUAGUUCCCCACCCCAAAUAA